AUAUCAGGAGACGCACCCGGACUGCAGUCGCAGGUGUGUCUGUUGACGCACCAACGACGAACAAACGCCAUGAAGCUGACGGUGUUGUGCGUGCUAUUCGUGGUGUCGGCGGCCAGCACGCUGUCGCUGCCGCGCGCCCGUCGAGAGGUGUCCCCUGCCGACCAGCGGGCCGACCCGUCCCUGCUGCUCUACUCGUCAGCCGUGCCGUCGGCGGUCGGCCUCGCCGGCAUGCCGAUCGUCCAGUCGCCGAUCGUCCAGUCGCCGCUAAUUUGGAGGAAAAAGAGGGAUGUCGAGAUGGACCAGCAGGCCGACCCCGCUCUGUUGGUAUACUCCUCCCUGCCCAUAAGUUCCAGUAUUUACUCGCCGUUUCUCUGGAGAAAGAAGAGGGACAUCGGCGCCGGUGAGCGCAAAAGACCGUGCCGAAUUCUGUAUAGAAUGCCGCUAGGCUCCGAUCUCCUUGCAGACAAUGCGUUCAUGAUGCCGCUGCUGUAGAGGAAGAUUCGUCCUGGGUCGGUCACUCACCUAUCGCUAAUAUAGUGACCUAAGAGCUGCUGAACGAAAGGAACGGCCGACUCACGAAGCAGUGCAUGAAGAGAUCGGGAGCAUUCGCAAGAUGUACCGACUCGCAUUAUUCAUUUUUGUUUUGCUUUGUUUUGUGUGUACGGCAUGAUUUUUUUUAUAAGAUGCAGAACAACAAAGAAUACAUCAAACAUACGCCGACCUAUAACAA